CAGCUCAGUCAGAGCACAAACAGUUGCAGUAUCAGUGCAUCACCACCAGCGGGGCGAGCUAGAAACAGAGAGAGAGCCUUGCCUGCUCGAAUGGCGUUCAAGAAAGCGGCCAUCGGACUCUCUUCCCUUCUCCUCAUCCUCGUCCUCCUCCUCGUCGCGCCCAGCGCUACCGCGGCGAGACCGACGCGUCAGCUGACUUCCGACGACGACGACGACGGCACUGGUGCUGCGGCGCCCGCUGCCGCACCGGCCAUAGCGCACCCUGCUGCUGACGCACCGGUCACUGCCGAUGCCAGUCCACCUGUGGUAGGAGGCGCCGGUGUGGUGGCGGCGCCCGGAGGCGCCGUGGCAGCAGACGCACCGGUCGCUGCCAAUGCCAUCCCCGCUGCUGCUGCGGCAGCUCCGGUCGCAGCCAGCACCAUCCCUGUGGGGGCCGGGGCCGGGGCCGCGGGAGCGGGUGCAGCGAGCGGCGCUGACGGCCACGGGAUGGUCUUCUUCAUGCACGACAUCCUCGGGGGCACGAACCCGUCGGCGCGCAUCGUGGCCGGCAUCGUGGACAACGCCGCGGUCACCGGGCAGCUGCCCUUCGCGCGGCCCAACGGCGCCGUGCUGCCGCUCAACAGCGGCGUGAACGUCAACUCCGGCGCGGCGGGCGCCAUCGACAACAACAACAUUCCCUUCCUCACGGGCCUGGGCGGCGCCACCAACGCCGCCAAGUCCGUCGGCAGCAACGGCAACGGGAACGGGAACGGGAACGGCGUGCCGGUCUUCGCCGGAGGCAGCCUCCCGCAGGGCACCACGCUGCAGAAGCUCCUCUUCGGGACCAUGACCGUGGUGGACGACGAGCUGACGGAGGCACCGGAGCUGGGGUCCGCCGCGGUGGGCCGCGCGCAGGGCUUCUACAUCGCCAGCUCGGAGGAGGGCGUCAGCCAGACCGUGGCUGUGACCGCCAUGUUCAAGGAAGGCGGGUUCGACGACACCAUCAGCUUCUUCGGCGUGCACCGCACCGCGGACUCGGAGUCGCACCUCGCCGUCGUCGGCGGCACGGGGAAGUACGUCGGUGCGAAGGGCUUCGCCAAGGUGGCCGUGGUGAGGCCCGGAGGGGUGGCGGCGUCCGGCGCGCUGCUCGAGACCGACGGCGUCGAGUCCGUACUCCAGUUCACCGUGUUCCUCGUGUAAUGUAUGAGCCUGUGUGUGUGCGCGCAUGUACGACGAAGACUGCAGGUGAUGCUGUUCAAGGAGCGGCAAGUGCGUGCAACUGAGGUUGAUGUGUUGUGUUGUGUGAUGCAGCAAUGAGUUGCAUGCAAAAGUUGAUGUAUUACUAGCUGCUGUUGCUACUACUACUUGUUACAUAAUAAGGAUACGUGUUUUCAG